CAACGUAUUACAACAACCAUACACCAAUUCAACCCUUCUACUACACACUAGUGUACAACAACGUACACUUAAAACCCUAAAACUCAAAACAAACACAUAUCAUCAUAAUAAUGGCCGGUGAGCCAGGAAGCUCCAUGCAUGGAGUUACGGGGAGGGAACAAUCGUUUGCCUUCUCGGUCUCCCCCUCCACGGUCCCUGUGGACCCUACAGCCAAAUUUGCUUUACCAGUCGAUUCAGAACACAAGGCCACUAGGCUUAAGAUCUUCUCCUUGGCAAAACCCCACAUGACUACCUUCCACCUCAGUUGGUUAUCUUUUUGUGCGUGUUACAUAUCCACAUUCGCGGCGGCCCCUUUAGUCCCUAUUAUAAGGGACAACCUUGACUUAACCAAGAGAGACAUAGGCAAUGCUUCGGUUGCAUCUGUCUCGGGUAGUGUGUUCUCAAGGCUAGUCAUGGGGACCGUUUGUGACCUCAUGGGACCAAGGUACGCUUGUGCUUUCCUUGUCAUGUUAACCGCCCCAACGGUGUUUUGCAUGGCGGUGAUUGAUGACGCGGCGGGGUACGUGGCGGUGAGGUUUAUGAUUGGUUUUUGUCUUGCAACCUUUGUAUCAUGCCAGUAUUGGAUGAGCACCAUGUUUAACGGAAGAAUCAUCGGACUGGUUAACGGGACGGCUGCAGGGUGGGGGAAUGUAGGAGGUGGUGCAACCCAACUUCUAAUGCCGUUGGUUUUCGAGAUCAUCCGCCGUGCCGGUGCUACUCCGUUCAUAGCAUGGAGGGUUGCCUUCUUUCUUCCUGGAAUGCUUCAUAUUAUAAUGGGGAUUUUGGUGCUUACCCUUGGCCAAGACUUGCCGGAUGGUAACCUUGGUGCCUUACAAAAGACGGGUCAGAUUUCCAAAGAUAAAUUCUCCAAGGUUCUCUGGUAUGCAAUUUCCAACUACCGGACGUGGAUCUUUGUGCUCGUCUAUGGAUACUCCUUAGGUGUGGAAUUGACAACCGAUAACGUCAUUGCCGAAUACUUUUUUGACAGAUUCAACCUAAAGCUACACACAGCAGGAAUCAUCGCAGCUAGUUUUGGAAUGGCUAACUUAUUCUCCCGCCCCUUAGGAGGCCUAGCUUCGGAUUACAGCGCCCGGUACUUCGGUAUGAGAGGCCGCCUUUGGACCCUUUGGAUCUUCCAAACCGCCGGUGGCCUAUUCUGCAUCUGGUUAGGGUUAGCCAAUACCCUAACCACCGCCGUCGUAGCACUAGUCCUCUUCUCACUCGGGGCUCAAGCCGCGUGUGGGGCCACAUAUGGGAUCGUCCCCUUCAUUUCUCGACGUUCCCUAGGAAUCAUAUCGGGUCUCACGGGUGCAGGAGGCAAUAUUGGAUCCGGGUUGACCCAAUUCAUAUUCUUCACAAUGGAUAAUUUUAGCACACAUGAUGGUCUAAAGUACAUGGGUGUUAUGACAAUUGCAUGCACUUUGCCUGUUGCGUUAGUACAUUUCCCACAAUGGGGUAGCAUGUUUUUCCCUCCAUCUAAAAAUGGUAAUGAAGAGACUUACUAUGUGGCUGAAUAUGAUGACGAUGAAAAGAGAAAGGGGAUGCAUGAAGGUAGUGUUAAGUUUGCUGAAAGUGCUCGGUCGGAGCGUGGGAGGAAGGUGGCUUCUGCUCCUACACCACCUACACAAAGUCCACUCCCUAAUGUCAAUGUUUAAUAAGUUAAUUGUGUUUAAUUUUAUGCUUUUCGUGUCCAAAUUCAAAGUCGUUUAUAUGAGUUAGUAAGAAUGGGUAACUUUGUAAUAUAAUAUAUGAAAAUCCAGUAGUUUUGUAUCCACAAAUUGGCUCCAAGUGUGUUCACAGACUGUACUCAUGCGCGCAUUUGAUUCAAAGAUCCUACUAAAUGAACAAUAAUGUAGCUAGCAUAUACUCUGUACUACCUCCGUUUUGAAAUAAUAGGGACAAUUUGACUUUUGACACUA